AUGGCGACAGCACUUCCGUCAAUAAGAUAUCAUCGCUCUCUCAUUCCAAAUCUCGCGGUCUUUAGGAAUAAUGCUCUCAAAUUGUCUGUUACUUCCCAUAAGAAACCCAAAAUGUGCUGUAGCAUGAGGAAGACAACUGCUGGUCUUACUGAUUCUUCGCAAAUUGGGGUUUUGAGGAGGGAUUUAAUGCUCGCUGGAUUUUCUUCCUCAUUUUCUCUAAUUUUUCCAAUUUCAGGAUCUAGUGUUGAGGAAGAGCUGAAAAUGGACAUUUUCGUUGAUGAUAUUAAUGCUUAUUCGUAUAUGUAUCCGAAAGAAUUGCCGUCUGAUAAGUUUGUCUUCAAAUGGGUGGAAUCUAGAAAGCCGGAACGUUAUUCUUCAGCUGCACCACUGUCCCCUGAUGCACGCCUUCGCAUUGUGUCCGAGAGGGUUGAUUUUAUUGAUAAUCUCAUAAUCUCAGUUUCGAUAGGACCCCCCAACUCACUUGUCUUGAAAUCUAAAGACACCAGUACGUGGAGCGCGAAAGAUGUUGCUGAUUCCGUUUUAGCUGACAAGUCUGCUCUGCGGGUUACCUCAAGUCAACGAAUGGACGAAAGUUCAGUCCUUGAUGCACAUUCUUCCAUAGUUGAUGGCGAGCCAUAUUGGUAUUAUGAAUAUUUGGUACGCAAGUCUCCAACCAAAAAUGCUCAGGAGUCAAACCUUUAUCGACAUUUUGUAGCCUCAACAGCUACACGUGAUGGUUAUUUGUACACUCUCAGCGCUUCAACUUUGAGCAAGCAAUGGGAUAAAAUGGGACCUGUCUUGGAGAAGAGUGUGGCGUCUUUUCGGCUUCUCCCUCCUACAGAAAACUAUGUACCUCCUUACAAGGAUCCAUGGAGAUUUUGGUGA